AUGUAUGUGCCAUAUUCUCAACCUUAUACUAAUCCUUUAAGUGGCGCUAGACUAGAGACGUUGGAAUCCUAUUGUCGAAUUUCAAAAAUAAAGUUUUUACAAUCUAUUCUUGAAAUAGAUACAUGCUGGAAUUCCACAUUAGCCAUGUUCAAAAGAUAUCUUUAUUUACAUCCAGCAAUUUCUGAUAUGUGCUUGAGAGAACUAUUAAUACCUUCCUGCUUGGAUAUUGAAAACUUUUUCUUCUGCCAAUUUCUUAAACCAUUCGAAAGUGCUACUAUAGUUCUUUCCAAAGAACGAACAAACUCAAUUUCUGAUACAUUAAUGAUUAUAUUAGAAAUUGAUCAGCACAUCAAGAAAGCUGUGAAUAACGACAUGAUUCAAAAAAUGAAAAAAUUUGAGAAAUACUGGACAAUUUUAAUCGAAGUUGGUGAAUAUAAUAAACGUGAUGCAGAAGUGUUUGUUGAAAAUAUUCGGCAAAAGAUUAUUUCUAUUGGAACUAAAUAUACAAAUGCAGGAUCCACAUAUGUUGAAGCUGUUGAAGUUGUUGAGACUGAUAAUUAUCUCACGUCUGAUUUCUUAUUUCCUAGGCAAAGAGUUUUUAAAAAAAGAAAAUGCAUAAACACAAUAGAAUAUGAAUUAGAGUUAUAUGAAAAAGAGCCUCUUGAAGAGUUUGAAAAUAAGAGAAUGUUAUUUUGGGAAUCGUUAUCUCAUAGGUUCUCAAUACUUAGUAAAAUGGCACGUGAUUACUUAUCCAUCAAACCUUUAAGUAUUUCUAGUGAGAGGGCAUUUUCCAGGGCUGGUUUUACUAUUACUAGCAAUAGAGCAAAUAUUAGUGAAAAACCGUUUCUUGUGCUGUACUUAUGCAUUCGUGGCUAG